AUGAAGCAAAACAUUAAACAUUUCAAAAAAUUUACAGAUGCUCCAGAGUUUCACGAUAAACCACAUAUUGUGCAACGUGAUGGCGGCAACGUCAUUGUCAUAAAAGUUCGAGCCAAAUCACAUUUGGAUAUGAAAGCUGAAUGGUAUAAGAACGAUAAACCAGUGAAAUAUACAGAUCGUGUAAAAGCUGUGGUGAAAAAAGAUGAUAAAGAUAAGAGCGGAUACCAGUUCCUGUUGGAAAUUACUGGACCAACAAAAGACGAUGAAGCAAAAUACAAGUGUAUCGUCAAGAAUUCAGAAGGACAAAAUGAGCAGUCGUUAAACCUGGUGUUUGAUUAG